AUGGAGCAGUACCUCCGCGACUGGAGGCAAGAUGCGUUGAACAAGGCGCAAUAUGAGUCGGCCAUCUUUAUCGGCGACAAGCUUCUUGCUUUGACAGGCGACGACAACGACGCGUUCUGGCUCGCCCAGGUCCACUUUGCUACCGGCAACUACACCCGCGCCCAGACGUUUCUCUCGAAGCAAGAUCUCAUCUCCCGCAACCCUUCCUGUCGGUACCUGGCCGGCCACUGCCUCGUCAAGCAGGGCCGGUACAGCGAAGCCCUCGAAGUCUUGGGUGAGCGCAACCCCACGCACCUCAUCAACCAUGCGGGCGGCAACAAGCGCAAGAUGCCUAAUACGGGCGGGCCCGCUCACCGCACGCACGCGAGAUCGGGAUCGAUGCAAGGAGCGGCGGCGUCGGCUCAACAGCAACAGCAACAGCACCAGCACCAGCAGGCACACGGUGGGGGUGGCAGAGGUGCCGCUCUCGGGGCGCCGCGGGAGCGCGGGGUUGCGGCGCAGCAACACCAUCCGCUUGAGGCGUCGAACCGGCGGUACGAGGCGGCCAUGUGCUACCUGCGCGGGGUGUGCUACGCCAAGCAGAACGCGUUUGACCGGGCCAAGGAGUGCUACAAGGACGCGGUGCUCAUCGACGUGCAGUGCUUCGAGGCGUUCCAGCAGCUGAUGCAAAACUCGCUCAUGUCGCCCGACGAGGAGUGGCAGUUUCUCGAGGCGCUCGACUUUGAUUCGGUGACGGCGGCGCCGGGGGCGGACUUGUCAUCCUCGCAGGAGGCGGGCGAGUUCACCAAAAUGCUGUACACGACGCGGCUAUCCAAGUACCGCAACCCGGCCGAGUUCACGACGGCGUACGAGUCGCUGUCGACGCACUACCACCUCGCGUCGAACCCGGACCUGCUGCUGGCGCGGGCGGACCUCCUCUUCACGCAGUGCCGGUACCGCGACGCGCUCGAAAUCACCGAGUCCAUCCUGCGCGAGGACAAGUACAACUUCGCCGUGUACCCGCUGCACCUGGCGUGCCUGUACGAGCUGCGCAUGAAGAACGUGCUCUUCCUCGUCGCGCACGACCUCGCCGACACGCACCCCGAGGAGCCGUGCUCCUGGCUCGCCGUGGGCAUCUACUACUUCGCCAUUGACAAGAUUGCCGAGUCGCGCCGCUACUUCAGCAAGGCCAGCACCAUGGACGUGCAUUUCGGCCCCGCGUGGAUCGGCUUCGCGCACACCUUUGCGGCCGAGGGCGAGCACGACCAGGCCAUCUCGGCGUACUCGACGGCGGCGCGGCUCUUCAUGGGCACGCACCUGCCGCAGGUGUUUCUGGGGAUGCAGAACCACGCGCUCAACAACGUGCCGCUGGCCGAGGAGUUUCUCAAGACGGCGUACGGCUUGUGCAAGACGGACCCGCUGCUGCUCAACGAGAUGGGCAUCGUCAAGUACCACCAGGACCGGCCCAAGGAGGCCGUCGUCUGGUUCGAGCGCGCGCUCAAGGUGGCCGAGGAGAUUGACAGCGAGCCGUCGGCGUGGCUGGCCGCGCGCACCAACUUGGCGCACGCCUACCGCCGGCUGCGCUUCUUUGGCCGCGCGCUCGCCGAGUUCGACGAGGUGCUCCGCCUGGGCGGCAAGGAUGCCGCCGUUUUCUCGGCCAAGGGCCUCGUCUACCUAGAGCAGGGUCUCCCCGAGGAGGCCGUGGGCGUGCUGCACGAGGCGCUGGCCAUCAAUCCCCAGGACGGCAUCGCCACCGAGCUGCUCAACAAGGCGCUCGACGAGACGGCCGAGGCGGAUACGGCGGAGCCCCUGCUCGGCGCGUUUGAGCAGGAGCUCGCGCAGAGGCGGGCUAGGGCGAGCGAUCGCUUGAAUAACGGCGUCGCCGCGGCCGGGGCGGACCGCGCGGGGUCCUUGUCCUCGUCGGCGGAUCACAAGGGGAAGAGCAGGGCGGGGACGCGGGGCGGGGAUUUUGGCGAGGCAAAGCCCGUUGAUGGAGUCGGAUGA